GCUCGACGCGCGCGCCCUCCCGCGAGCGUGCGCGCGUCCGGCGUCAAUGAUGGCAUGCGCAUCCCCUCGCCGCACCGGACCUCUCGAAGCGGACCCGCGGAGCAAAUAGGAAGGAGGGAGGGGGGCAGAAGCAGUAGCCAUGUGGUUCCUUCAGAACCGGAGGAGGAAGUGUUUUUUUCCCUUUGCAUUUUUUUAAGCAGGCGGCUUUCUGGUGACGAGGACGCUGAUCCGGAUCUGUGUUUACACUACACGUACUGUACGUGGAAGUCGGGCGCUACUUGGCAACAACUCGCGCAGCCUGGCGUGGGAAUUUGACACUCGAUUCCACGGAUCGGACGUUUUUUUUUUGGGGGGGGGUGUUUUUUUUUAGGGGCUUUCGGAUCCCUGCACCCAAGCUACCCCCACCCCUCCUCCCGCUCCCCCCUCCCAGAUGCGUGAUUUAGUUGACAGUUCAGUAUCAUGGGGGAGCCUGCAGCGCGCAGCCCCUCUCAAAGUACCUGUGGAGGGUCUUAGUUUCACGCGUGGGACGUUUUAGAACCCCCGCUCGCACAUAAAUAGCUUCAGAACAGACUGGUUUGGCCCAUGACCCCGACGUCCGAACCCGCCGUCUGAUCUUCUGCCACCCACACGUCCACGAUGUGCACCAUCCCCGCGGUGCUGAUCGUGUUGCUGCGUGGACUCGUCGUCUCUGCGCUGCUGGGCUCCCACUCGGCGGUUACUGGAGAUGGGGCCACCCCAGACCCCUGCCUCACGGUCAUCCCACCGUGUGUGAGCGAUGCCGACCGCUUCAGCCUGGCGGCCUUGCGCCACAUCCAUAAAGAGCUGGACGACGACAACGACGGCGGCAUCGAGGUCAACGAGAGCGUGGAGUUUAUUAUAGAAGACAUGAAGCAGCAUCAGACCAACAAGCACAGCAACUUGCACCGGGAGGACCAACACAUCACAGUGGAGGAGCUUUGGAAGGGCUGGAAGACUUCAGAAGUCCACAACUGGACGGUGGAAGACACGGUUCAGUGGUUGAAGGAGUCGGUGGAGCUGCCCCAGUAUGAAAAAAACUUCCGGGACUUCCGCGUCACUGGCAACAUACUGCCACGCAUCGCCGCAAACGAGCCGUCGUUCCUGUCCGUGCAGCUCAAGGUGUCAGACCAGCGACACAAACAAAAACUCAACCUGAAGGCGCUCGACGCGGUCCUUUUCGGCCCCCCGCUGCGGCCGCAACACAACUGGAUGAAAGACUUCGUCCUCACGAUCUCCAUAGUGAUCGGCGUGGGCGGCUGCUGGUUUGCUUACGUGCAGAACAAGUCCAGCAAGGUGCACAUCUCCCAGAUGAUGAAGGAUCUGGAGAGCCUGCAAAACGCUGAGCAAAGCCUCCUCGACCUGCAGAGUCGUUUGGAAAAGGCUCAGGAAGAAAACCGGACGGUCAUUGUGGAGAAGCAGAAUCUCGAGCAGAAGAUGAGGGACGAGAUCACCGGCGCCAAGAAGGAAGCCCACAGACUUCGGGACCUGCGAGAGGGCGCCGAAUGCGAGCUCAGCCGGCUCAAAUACGCAGAAGAGGAGCUUGUGCAGGUCCGAAAGGCCCUUAAGCGAGCCGAGAAGGAGAUUCAGUCCGAGUGGUCGCUGCCCGAAGCUCUGCAGAAGUGGCUCCAGCUCACGCACGAGGUGGAGGUUCAGUACUACAACAUCAAGAAGCAGAGUGCCGAGCAACAGCUCUGCGUCGCCAAGGACGAGGUAACCGAGACCGAGCGACCGCUGGGCUUUUCUCUCUUAGCGACAAUUUCCAAACCUUUCCCUUUUGGACUGCAGGCGGAGAAAAUCAAAAAGAAGAGAAGUUCUGUGUUUGGAACUCUUCACGUCGCGCACAGUUCAUCACUGGAUGAGGUGGACCACAAGAUACUCGAAGCCAAGAAAUCCUUGUCUGAGGUGACAGCGUGUCUGAGGGAGCGCUUGCACCGCUGGCAGCAGAUCGAGAGGCUCUGCGGCUUCCCCGUCGUCAACAACUCCGGGCUGCCGAGUCUGACGGCCAGCCUCUACUCUGACCACAGCUGGGUGGUGAUGCCACGCGUCUCCGUCCCGCCGUACCCCAUCGCCGGCGGCGUGGACGACCUGGACGAGGACACGCCUCCCAUCGUUCCGCAAUUCACAGCAACGUUGAUGCGGCCCCCGCUGACGCGCAACAGCAGCGCGUGCCGCUCCCGCCGGAGCCUCAUGGGCUCGUCCGCCGUGAUGUCCCCGGACCCCGACCUGCUGUCCGUGGCCGGCUCGCCCCUCUCCUUUCACCUCGAGGCGGACGACGAAUACGUCAUGUUCAGCUCGGAGCGGAGGGGGGAGGUCGCCCAGGAGGGCAGCCCCGACACGGACACUCUGAACUCCUCGAUGGGCCGCAAGCCGCCGCACAACCCCUGCUUCGUGACCCCGGACGCCCCGUACCGCAAGAUUUCCCGCGAGGAAAUGCUGCUGUUCAAUCAGAGCCCGGAGUUCCCCACGUGCAGCGGCAUCGCGAGCAACAGCAGGGACUCCACCCCGCCGCCUUUGCCCCCUACGCCGGCCACCACCCCCUCGGGCCCGCCGUCCACCUCGCCGUCGCCGGACCUCACCCGAAUCGCGCCGGAGACCCAGGCCGUCACAUCUCCGUCGGGGAAGGCCGCGUACAACGGCAUCCUGGAGAAAUCGUACAGCUUCGGCAUUCCGCCCUCCGUGGGCCGCUACCCGUCCCUCACCUCCCUGGACUCGGAAGGCCGGAGCGUGGGCCGGGAGCACAAGCUCCAGAGCACCUCCUCCCAGGACUCCAGUGACAACGGAGAGAAAGUCAAGCGCUCCUCCUCCAAAAUCAAAAGCUUAUUUAAGAAAAAAAAAUAAAACUUGCAGAGUGCAGUCAUCUGCGCGAAACAAAUAAAACGAGGACAUCACUGUAAGCUCUUUAUUUACCAUAACCCGCAGAAUGUAGCUCGGUCCGGUCGCCCCAGAUUGGCGGCAUUAUUCUUUUCACGAAUGCCUUCCCGAAGGCCAAACGUCACGCGGCGACUGAAGCAAGUCUUUGAUUUCCAAGCACACGAAGACUUUUUGCGACAACGGCGCACUCCUUGACAAAAAAGGUUGGAAUAUUUCCCCGCCGCCACAUGAGCUGCUUUUGGUUUGUUUUUACUUAACGGGGGUGGAAAAAAUAACCCCGCGAGAAGGUUUGUUGCACUAAUUCCUGAUAUUUUGGGAAUAAAGUUAUUUAUGAAACUCGGGGGGGGGACACACGAAAAGGUCACAUGAUGCCACUUUAACGUUGACGCUCACCUUAACAAAUAUACAUUGUUUUCUCCUGUUUUAUUCGAUUUCUUUCGGUGGGGGAGGUUCCUGAAGUUGUGAUGUGUUGUUGCCGGCUACCUUGCACGACUUGAUCGAUCGACCCGCCCGUCCGUUGCCGACCCGACUUUCGGUUUCCUCCAGAUUUGAUUUCUUGAUUUCCAGGACGCACACGUGCCGGGAAGUGUGUCGGUGCUGUGAUGGCGGUGCGUCUGUACCAGACACCUUAAUUUGCUCCCCACCCCCCCCCAAAAAAAAGGCAAUACGGACCUCCUUGCGUGAUGAUGUCAAAUAGCUCCUGCCUCACACGUACCUUCUCGCUAUUGACGGGCCAAGUGGUGGCACGGUGGUCGAUGCUGUUUACGAGGUGUGCGCACAGGAUGACGAAUCAAUGCAAUUAUUAUUAUUAUGAUUAUUGUUAUGGACUAAAUAGCACACAAAGGAAAAAAAAUCAGAACUGUAAGUCGGGUAGAAAUGUUGACGACACUAGUGUUUUUGAGAGCAUUUUGUGUGUGAAUAUUUGUAUACUGUUGACGAAUUAAUAAAAAAAAUUAAAAUAAAAGUGGCAUCGUCAAUGGUCA